CCCCCAACUCUGUCCCUCUGGGUCCCUUCCAGGCUCCUCCUCGCACUUUGUGAAGUAUUUCUACACUACUGUGUCAGAGCCCAGUCAGAGGCUGCCCCAACUUGUCGCUGUGGGGUACGUGGACGAUCAGGUCUUUGUUUACUAUGACAGCAGCAGCAGGAAGGUGCAGCCUCGAGUCUCCUGGAUGAAGGAGGUGGGGAAGGAGGACCCCCAAUUUUGGGACAAUCAGGCCAAGGGAGCGCGUGGCGUUGAGGAGAACUUGAGAGCAGACCUGGAGGCUGUGAGGACUCUCUACAAUCAUAGCAAAGGCCUUCACACCUGGCAGUGGACGUUCAGCUGUGAGCUCCGGGGAAAUCAGAGCAAAGGAGGGUUUAUGCGCUUUGGAUAUGACGGGAGGACUUUCAUCACCUUUGACAAGGAGACCCUUACCUGGGUGGCUUCCGAGCCCCAGGCCCAGAUUAUCAAGAGGAAAUGGGAUGCGAUUCCACGAUAUAAUCAGGGAUGGAAGAUCUACCUGGAAGAGGAAUGCAUUGAGUGGCUGGAGAAGUACCUGUCCUACGGGAAGGAGAUGCUGAUGAGGAAAGAUGCCCCAGUGGUGACACUGAGCAGCAGGACGGAGGCCGAUGAUGGGAUGGAAACUCACUUCUGCCGCGUGGAUGGCUUCUACCCCAAAGAGAUCGAUGCCUCCUGGAGGAGGGACGGGGAGGUCUGGCUGCAGGACACCUUCCGUGGGUCUGUGGCCCCCAAUGCAGACGGGACCUACCACUACUGGCUCAGCCUCCGGAUUGAUCCUCAAGAGAGGGACCGCUAUCGGUGCCACGUGGAGCACAACGGCCUGCAGGAGCCUGUGGACAUGUCCGUGAAGGGUGAGAGGCUGCAGGGAGGGAAAGGCUGGACUCUUUUUCAGGCUGGAGGAUCGUGGGAGGAAAUUUGA